UUUGAGUAAAGCAUUGAGAUUGAAAGACAAACAAACAACAGUUAGCAUAUGAUGAGAUAAUAUCAAUGUCUCCAUAGACAAAGAAGAUGAAAACAUUAUCAUCAUCAAAUACUUUCAAUUUCAUUCACCAAAGUUUCAUCCCUUGUAACUGCAACCCUUCUUCAUCAUCUUCAUCUUCAUCUUCAUCUUCUUUAGUAUCCUUCAAGAAAACUCCAAAAACAACAUCACUACAAAAACUAAACACCGAAUCAAAACAACAAAGCAAAAGGGUAUUUUUCUUAGACGUGAAUCCUUUAUGUUAUGAAGGAACAAACCCUAGUUUACACUAUUUUGCUAAAUGGCUGAAACUUUUUCUAUCUCAUCAAGUUACUCAAUCUCAUCCUGUUAUAGCUGUUUUUGAUGGUGAAAGAGGGAGUGAGUAUAGGAGGAACUUGCUUCCUUCUUAUAAGGCUAAUAGGAGGAAAUUCGUGGCGCGUGGUGGUGGUGGUGGUGGUGGAAGUGGACAUGUUGGAAGGUUUUAUGGUGUUAUUAGUGAUGUUCUUCAGAAAUGCAAUGUUCCUGUUAUAAAAGUUGAUGGCCAUGAAGCUGAUGAUGUUGUCGCUACACUUGCUGAACAAGUUCUCAAGAAAGGGUUUCGAGUGGUAAUUGCCUCCCCCGAUAAGGAUUUUAAGCAACUUAUUUCUGACAAUGUGCAAAUAGUUAUGCCUAAGCCAGAGUUACAAAGGUGGUCCUUCUACACUGCAAAACAUUACAGAGAUCAGUAUAAUUGCGACCCACAAUCUGAUCUGAGCCUUAGAUGUAUUAUAGGCGAUGAAGUUGACGGUGUUCCUGGUAUCCAACAUCUAGUCCCUAGUUUUGGUUGGAAGACUGCUUUAAAACUUAUUCAAAAACACGGUUCAUUGGAAGCUUUAUUAAAUGCGGCUGCAGUAAGGACUGUGGGAAGACCAUAUGCACAGGAUGCCCUUACAAAGUACGCUGAUUACUUACGGCGGAACUAUGAAGUUCUUGCCUUGAAAAGGGAUUUAAAUGUCCAGCUUCUUGAGGAAUGGUUGGUUGAUAGAAACACUCACAAUGAUACUGUUGCACUAUCUAACUUAUUCAAAUAUUUGGAAGAAAGUAAAGAGCCAAUAACAAUGAGGAAUUUUGUUAAUAGGCCUGCUAACACCAGUGCUUAUGUUAGAAAGAAGCAUAGAAAUCAAAUUAGUGUUGGGACGGAUGUUAUGUAAUUUAUGUAUUUUUGAAAACUCAGUAUCCAGCUCAAGGAUCGACUGAUUUGGGGGACCAAUCCCUCUGUCCACUAGCGGGAGCCUCAAUUGAAGUCAGAGCAAAGCUCUAUAUAGACUGGCCUACACAGGAACUGUUGGCACUUGGGAGAUUCGAACAUGAGACCUAUAGAGGAGCACAUACCCAGGUCCCAAACUUUCACCACCAAGCCGGCCCUCGGAAGUUAUGUAAUAUUAGUAGGCAGUUUAUUUUAUUAUUAUAAAAUGGAAGUUAGAAUUAUAAAUAUAGACUAAAAGGGAAAAAGGGAGGGCAUUGAGUAUUUUGUAUGUUGGUUGGUUUGGGAGAGACUAGGCUCUCUAAUUCCUAGAGGUUGUUCUAUUUCCGGCAUUAUUUUUAUGUUUCAGACAGUUUUCAUUUUCUGUGUAUUAUAACUUAUGAGUUGUCAGAAUUGUUUUUCAGUGUAACCAAAAAAAGAAUUGUUUUUCAGAAAUAUGCUCAAAAUUUAUGUA